CCCAGACACAUUCCAGAAGCUCUUGGAUCUCUCCCCUGUCCUCCUUUUCCGCACGCUGGCUAUGUGUUUUGCGGCAGGGGCUGGUCUCUUUCGAGAAGCCUGUGGGUUAGCGGUGUCGGAGGCGCGGGUUGCUCAACAGAAGGCUGAUGUUGCAGCUCGAGCAAAUAAUGGGCAAGUAGACCGAUCUGGUCGUAGUCGUGGCGGAUCAAGGAUUCUUGGGGAAGCCGCGUCCUCCUCUAGGAAAAACACUUUGGAGGAUGGGCCAGCGCGCAUCAAGCCGGACGGCGUGAUUACCGAUAGUGACGAUCUGAUUCUGUUUGCGGGUGCAGCACUGCGACAGUGUCUGACAGCGCAGCGGGCAGCGGCGAACUCGGGACUUAUCUGCUAUUACGGAACGCCUUCUCUUAGUUCAGCUUGUGAGGAAAGUGCUCCUAUUACAGCAAAAGAUGCCGAACAGCUCUCACGCCGACGUCACGCAAUAAUUGCGUAUACAUGGUUUGUCGCUCGAGGCUUGGCGUUUGGUGACGCUGGUGGGCUGCUCAGAACAGACGACUUCUUCGCUUCAAUCGUAAAUGCGUUAGUUGACGAUCAGAUCUUCGAUCACGUUGUUCCGACGGAUGAAGUCGUGCUCGCGGAAAGAAUUCCCAAAGUGGCGCAGGGUCGACUAGGUAGAGGAGCUCCUGCAAAGAUUCCGAAGAAUGGCGCAGUAGAAGAUGUUGACAGGAGUAAGAAUCCUUUUGUAGCACUGUGCUGUACACCGGAGGAAGCUGAGGAAUUAGCUGUGACCAUUCUCAAGCGACGGCAGGCCGCUGCCGAAGACCCUUCCGCAGACCACAUCACCCAGCAAGGAGCAGGGCGACUGUACGAUCCCUACCGCGAAGACGCUCUCUUCACUUCUAGAGGACGAAACCAUGAGCAUGACAGGAAUCGUGGAUCGUUAGGAGCAGAUGGUGUCUGGGAUCUGAAUGGACUGAUACAGAAGUGCGAGCGUCGCCGAUUUCUGAGGCUUCAAGCGUUCUUGCACGAAUCCAAAGGAGACUACCGUCAAGCAGUAGACGCAAGGUUGCGACUGUACAGACUGCAGAUGCAAAAGUCAAAGGAUCUCCAGGGUUCUGGUCAAUUGGCAUCUGGGGACUUGCUAAGCAGUCAUCCGCAAAGCAGGAAUCAGAACGAAGCUGACCGAUCACGACAAGGGAGUUCUACGCAGCAAGCGACUAAGGCAGUGAAUGGGUUUUUCGAGUAUGUUGUGCACUUGUUACGCGAGACGGGCAUGGUGUGGGAGACUUUAGACUUGCAAACCUUGGACGGACUCUCACGGGAAGAGACUUGCCAGGCCUGUUUGGUAGGUGGCGCGAAGUUUGGUUUUGCGCGUGUGGGCCAGAGCCUCAGUGGCCUGCCGUUGCUGCGUAUCCGCUUCCUGGAGCAGCUCUUUUUUCAGCACGAGUGGGCGAACGAAGCCGAAAAGCUGCGCUUUCGCGAGGAGCAUGUUCUUGCGCUUGCGCGCCUCAUGUGCGAGUACAAGCGGCAAGAAGUCGCCACGUUUCUGCGCAAGCACGAAGCUAUAUUGCCGCUCGAGGAGGCUCUGGAAAUGGCCCUUCAAUUUCAAUUGAAUGACGCGGCGGCGUUUCUUCUUGAGAAAGUGGGCGACUACUCUAGAGCGAACGAACUUUUUGUCCGCCAACUUCGCGAUGCCGUGGGGAAAACAGACGAAGCCGAGGCCGAGCGACCGGCAGGCAACACUAAGGUAUUGGCUUUUCCUUCUGCGACUUUUAACUGUCCCUGACGCGUUCCUUUUUGUUGGAAACAUUGGGCGCGGCGUGCUAUCAGUUGCCGCGCGAGUCGCACCGUGUAGAAAGGCAGCCGGACUCUGCCGAGAGUGCUUGCGCCUGACAGGUAGGCCCGGCGCAGUCUUCCCUCGCUGGUGUGGGGUGCUUUUCGGGGAAAUUCCGGAUGGUAAAGAGGGAGCAGGCCUGCGCGCUGUGGUGGUGCAACGACCUGCAGCCAGGCAAAGCCUGACCACAUUCAUAACACAAACGCCUACGGGAGCGUGUGGCGUGGCGUUCGUAGUUUCUCUGGGGGAAAACGUAGGCGGCUGGCGUGGUGGUCGCCGGGUCGUUGAGGGCCCACCGUCGCCAAGUCACGGCUGGUGGGCCGAUGGCAGGCAACCGCUACCCGCUGGAGCCAGUGUCAUCUUCGAGAAGCCGCCCUGCCUUUCAGCUGCAGCAGGGUCCAGCCUCGAGAUCAGUGGGGAACUUCAAGGCCAAGAGUGCGGGAGUGUUUUCGGGGGGCAGUAUUUCGAGACCGACCAACAGGAGCGACAAUCCUUAUGCCAUCCAUGAAACGCCGCGGGGCUUGGUCGUCUCUAACUACCAGGGCGCUGCGCAGCGGCCCGCGUGGGGGUUGUUGGAGGGCACUGCCAGCCGCUGGCAAGAGCAGGCGUUUGCUGGGCUAGUUUUGUACACCCGUGGGCCUGGGCCGGGCCACAAACAGCUGUGGGGGGGCGCGUUGUUGCGUUGUCCACUCCGGGCGCACUGUUGUAUCGUCUCGCUGUGGUGGGGCAGUCGCGCCUGGUCAUAUUUAUCGAGCCUUUUUGUUAGUCGUGGUUCGCUUAGAGGAAGAGGUGCCGUGCAUGGUUCUCCAGUCUGAUGGUUCGGGCGCGGUUGCGUGUGUCUUUGUCUGUCUGUGGACACCCACCUGCGAUAUGUUGGCUUCUUUGUUUGCCUGGAGAAAAAGUUGUAACCUUGCAUCGGUAGUUAAGCAAUACAAGGACUCGCAGAUGAUCGACUGUGUUUCUGAGAAAGUUGCUCUAAUAUUUCAUAAUCCUGUUGUCCAUCAACAUCAACAUCAACAUCACCAUCACCAUCACGAUACCAGAUACAAGAAUCGGAGGAGCCUUCCCCAGUCGCAGCCGCAGGAGGUAUCAUCGAUGUGGUCGAGAAUAUUCUUGGGUACGCCGAACGGUGUGGGCGAUUGAUGGAUCCACGCGACCUCGAAAGCUUCUGUUUUGCAAUAUUUCACGAAAUAUUUGUAGUGUACAGUUCGAGCUCCAAGUCCUCCAGUGGUCGUGGAACGUCUCACCUGCGAUCUCCCUUGCUUCGCGUUGUGCGUGGUCUUCUUCUGAGGCAACUGCCUGCCGCAUUAUCCGUGCAGCGGAUCACGGCCGCUUACAAAGCGGAGCCGGUUCAUCUACUGCAGGAGACGUUGGGCAUACUGUUGAAAGACGGACUCUCGUUUCAGCAUGACUUCCUGGAGAGUAGUGUUGCUGUGGUCGGCCAGGACAUUCUGCAGCGCCUCACAGUGUACCAUGGCACGCACAGACGCGGAACAGUCUGUCGGUCACGCUACGAAAUCGACCACGAACGCGGUAAGAUCAUCGUACGUAGGGAACCGCAGCACUGGCCUUGUUGAGACCUUUAGAGUCUAAUACUGUUUUCUGUCGACGUGGUUCAUCUACAUUUAUCUUUUCCGAAACUCACCAGAACAUCCCAAAUUGACAUAUUAUCGUGGAACAUACUAUCCAAGCGUAUAAUCACUAUCAGCAAACGAACAAAGUGAAUGUUAAUGUAAAUGUUUUAGUUUUAGCUUUAGCAGAUGUAUGUACCUUUUACCAAACUUGACGCAGAUUGAUGCCAAUAAGAACGCAGCUGCAAGGCUAAGCAUGAGGUUGCAAAGUCCAACUUUGUGAGAUAAAGCAAAAGAUGUCAUUGCAGAAAACGAGAAAUGUUUUCCGCGCGAGAC